AUGGUGCAACAAAUCUGUGAAGCAAGCCAAGCUCAGUUAGCAAAAAAUAAGGAAGAAGAGAUUGAAGAAGGCCGAAAACUCAAGAGAUCUAGAAACAAUGAGGAAGAUAAUGGUUUGUCAGAGGAUGAUGAUCUAUGUGAAAUAUCACAUAAUCAAGGACUUGAUAAGAAUGUUGGGGAAGGGACACCUAUUACGGUGACUGAUGAAAUGGAACACGAUCUAAUUGAAGAAGGAGUGCAAGCCGAGAAGGAGUGUUACCAACGAAAACCCUACUGCUACGUUGGAAUUGCAGGUGGCCUUUGUAUCCUCUGGAAAGAUGGUGUAAAUCUAAAAAUUCUUAUCUCUGCUUAUAAUGUGGGGAAUUGUGAAUACUAUAUUGAUGCUAGAUCUAAAAUUCUUAUGUCAUGUAUGUAUGGUGCUUUGAAAAAUGGAAACAGGGAUAAUCAAUGGAAUUUUGUGAAAAAUUUCAGUGAAAACAUUAGCUUUCCAUGGUUUCUAAUUGGUGAUUUAAAUUUCAUUCUUAGUAAUGAUGAAAAGGAAGGAGGUAACCCUCAUACUCAAACUGCUCUUGAUAUUGCUAGAAAUUUUGUUGAUGAUUUAGGUCUCCAAAGUGUUGAUUUUACAUGGAAUAUAAUUGACCUUGUUCAGGAAAGGCUAGAUAGAGUAAUGGGUAAUGAUUCUUGGUUUAAUCUUUAUAAUGAAUGUCAUGUUUACCAUCUAGCUCCCAUAGCAAGUGAUCACAGCCCUAUUGUCCUAACUAGUUCUAGAGUUUCUAAUCCUGUCAGAAGACCUAUAAAAUUCAAAAGGUGUUGGCUAGCUGAUCCAAGUUGUAAAGAUCUCAUUAAAGAGAACUGGAAUGCUUGUAAUAAUGGUUCUGCUGCCUUCAUACACAAAAACAACUUGAAACAUGUGAAGUUUGUUCUAAAAGAUUGGAAUAUCCAAUCUUUUGGACAUAUUCAGACUAUUAUCAGCAAUAUCAAUAACCAGUUAGAGUUACUUCAUUCUCAAGCGGUUGUGGAUACUAAUGAUAAUAGGAUUGUUAGUCUCUUAGCUGAACUUAAUAAAUGGCAGAAUAUAGAGGAAGAUUUCUGGAAACAAAGAGCAAAAGAUGACACUCUAGCUUUAGAUGACAUAAGUACUAGAUAUUUUCACAAUAGGGCCAAUUAUAAAAAAGAAGAACUCAGAUUGAGGCUAUACAAGACUCUACUGCAUUUCUCUAAUAUGGCUAAGACAGGUAAUCCCUCUAAAGAAAUAAUCUUUUUUGAUUAUAUUACUCCUUAUGUUUCUGCAUCUGAUAAUAUAGCUUUGUUAAGAAUGCCAUCUCAUGAAGAAAUAAAAGAUGUAGUGUUCAAAAUGAAACCUUGGACCUCACCUGGUCCAGAUGGUUUCCCUGUUGGGUUUUACCAACAGUUGUGGGAUAUUGUUGGCAAUGAUACUGUUCACAUGAUGAUAAUGCAAAGUGUGUCAACUGUCUCCACUUUUGUGCUUCUAAAUGGUGCUCCAGGUGAACAAUUCAAACCAACAAGGGGUUUGAGACAAGGUGACCCCUUGUCUCCUUACCUCUUUAUUUUAUGCAUGGACAUUUUUUCUAAAGCUUUGAUGAAUGCUGAAGAUAAGAAUCUUAUUAAAGGAGAAGUACUUAGGAGUUCCAUUACUGCUUCAAAGGAACAAAACAGAAAGUUUCCCAGGUAUAUGUUUGAUAAAUCUGGGUGCAGAUUAGGUAAUUGGAGAGCUAAGCAUUUAAACCAGCCUGCUAGGACAGUUCUCACUCAAACAGUUUUAGGAUCCAUUGCUACUCAUCAUAUGAGUGUGUUUCUUAUGCCUAAAAAGUUAAAUGAUAGAAUGGAUGCUAUUCAAAGAAGGUUCUGGUGGGGUAAGAGUAAUAAUAAUAGAUGUUUCUAUUUCAAAAACUGGUCUACUGUUGAUAAUUCUAAAGUGAAAGGUGGUCUGAAUAUCAGACAAUCUUCUCUUUUUAAUCAAUUUCUCCUAGCUAAACUAGCCUGGAGGAUGUUACAGGAUCCCAAUGCUUUGUGGGUUCAAAUUUUAAUGCAUAAAUACUUUCCUAACUGCUCUCCUUUUUCAGAUGAAAUUAGUACUAAUAGAAGCUGGAUUUGGAGAGGAAUUUACCAAGGAUUGCAGAUUGUCAACAAACACUGCUGUUUGGAAGUUGCUAAUGGCAGGGACAUUAACAUAUGGAAAGAUAGGUGGUUUCCUGAAUCUACGGAAUUACUUCCCUAUACCAACUGGUCUUCUGGAGUUGAGUAUGUUUCUCAACUCAUUGAGCAAGAUACUAAAAAAUGGGAUUUGAACAUGAUAAAUGUUCUGCUAGAAAUUGUUGAGAAUAUUUGUAGAAUUAGAGUCCCAAUGAUAGGAAAGGAUAAAAUUAGGUGGACAGGUACUAGAAACGGGAAGUUCACAUUCAAGUCUGCUUACAAUAUCUUACUAGAUGAGUCUUCUUCAGGAGUUAUUAGUAGCAAUAACAACUUUCCAUGGAAGAGAAUGUGGAACAUGAGUUUACCUCCUAAGAUUCUCCAUCUCAUAUGGAGAAUUCAUCAAGACUCUGUUCCUACUAGAGAUAAAAUGGUUAAACAUGUUCAAACCAUUGAUGACAUUUGUCCUUUCUGUGGUAAUUGUAAGGAAGAUGUUCAACAUCUUUUUUUGCAUUGUCCUCUAACUCAGCGAAUUUGGUUUGCUAUGGAUAACAUUACGCUAGCCUCUGUUGGUAAUCUGGAUUUGGUCUCUUGGUUAACUAACAUGUUUACAACUCAAAACUUUAAUGAUGUGCAGCUGCAGAGUAGCGGUAGAAGUAUUUCUACACAUCUGAAGUGGUUGGCACCUGUAGAUUUUGCCAUCAAAAUAAAUUUUGAUGUUUCUUUUAUUAAUAAAAUAUUACCAGUAGGAGUGGGACUAAUAGCUCGUAAUUCUGCAGGAACUUUCAUUCUAGCAAAAGGGAAUUCAUCCACAGCAGUAGAUGAGGAGCAAGGGGAGGCUAUUGCAGCGCUGGAAGCACUGAAAUGGGCUAAAAAGAGGAAUAUUACUGAGCUGCACUUGGAAGGAGACAACAUCAACGUAGUGGAUGCAAUUAAUGAAAUCACUGGAAGAAUAAAUUGGACGAUAAAUAGUAUCAUCCAAGAAUGUCUUGUUUUACUUAAUUAUUUUAGCAGAUAG